CGUCCCAAUUCCAGAACCCUAACCCUGGAAAUUCCCCAAAAUCUGCGUUCAUGUCGACCGAGACUGCGAAGAGCUCGACGGAGUCGGAGGUGGUUUCGGGCCUCGAUUACGAGGAGACGGAGCUCAGUUUGGGCCUGGGCCUGGGCCUGCCGGGGGCCGGUGGGCCCAGAUCCGAGCCUGAGAGGAAGCGGGGAUUCGAGGCCACCGUUGAUCUCAGCCUUGGCGGUUCCCGCGCGCCACGCGGCGGGGAUCUGACGGCGGAUUCGUCGGAGGGGCGUGCUUCAGACCCUAGCAAGCCCCCUGCUGCCAAGGCGCAAGUGGUGGGCUGGCCGCCGGUGAGAUCAUUCCGCAAGAACGUAUUGAAGAGCUGCACCUAUGUGAAGGUGGCAGUUGAUGGAGCUCCAUACCUUCGGAAGGUAGAUCUCGAGACUUAUGGUGGCUAUGAGCAGCUGCUGGCGGCCCUUGAAGAAAUGUUCUCUUGCUUUAAAAUCCGUAAUGUUUCAAACGAAAGGAGGCUGGUGGAUCCUGUGAAUGGCACAGAGUACGUGCCCACUUAUGAGGAUAAGGAUGGUGACUGGAUGUUAGUGGGAGAUGUCCCUUGGAAAAUGUUUAUUGCAUCAUGCAAGCGACUCCGGUUGAUGAAGAGCUCAGAGGCUGUCAAUCUAGCUCCGAGAGCAUCUCAGGGAAACACCAAUAGCACCCGAUGAAGUAUUUGGUAGCCAGGAUCAUUGUUCAGAUGAUAAAAGAUCGUGUACAGGGAUUGUUUCUCGUCCUUUGGGUGUUUCCUUUGGAGUUUUGACGGGGUAUCUUUCUGAGAUUAGGAAUAAGGGGCUGUGUUGUAGUUUCAGCGUUAGAAAUGUGGCUUGAAGAAAAAAAUAUAUGUGUUUACAGAGAUAUCUAUAUGUUUUCUACAGUUUGUUGUUGUUGUGAUUAAUAAGGUGCAGACUUUGCAUGGUGUGCUAAUCUUGUAUUAAUUAGAAUUACUCUUUAUCUAACCAAAGCGUAUGGCUUAAAUCUA